AUGGCUAUAUGUCGUCACUUGGGAAAUCCUGACUUAUUCAUCACCUUUACAUGCAAUGCUAAAUGGCCAGAAAUUAUUGAAGAUCUACGUGAAAGACCUGGCUGUAAGGCUGAAGACAGACCAGAUAUCAUAUCCAGAAUUUUCAAAGCAAAACUUGAUCAUAUGGUUAAGUAUAUAAAAUCAGGAAAACCUUUUGGCAAAAUUGAAUCUGAUAGAUCUCUUCGUGAUGUUCUCAAAGGUUCAAAACCAGGUUUUGAUGAUUUGCCAUUUGGAGGAAAGCCAAUUCUCUUUGGAGGUGAUUUUAGACAAAUUUUGCCUGUUGUCCCAAAUGGAACUAAGGCUGACAUUGCUGAAGCUUCGUGGACAAGUUCUUAUCUUUGGCCUUAUUUAACCAUUUUUUUUCUCAAAGAAAACAUGAGACUUUCAAAAACAGGUUUGAAUGAGAAGGAAAAACAAGAGUUGGCUGAUUUUGCUAAUUGGAUAUUACAAAUUGGAAACAGUAGUGUCGCUAAUUCUAUAUUGUCAACUGAUGAAGAAAAUUCUUGGGUUGAAAUAUCAAAAGACUUUCCCAUUGACUUUGAAGACAAUCUCAUUGAAAACAUGGUUUUAGCGGUGUACACAGAUUUUCAAAGAAAUUUUCAUGAUGUAUCAUAUUUGAAAGAAAGAGCUAUUGUCACACCGCGAAACAACACAAUGACUGAGAUAAAUGAUUUUAUGUUAACUAAGGUGCCUGGCAAAAAUCGCACAUAUCUUAGUUUUGAUUAUGUGUCUUCUUCAACAGAAAAUGUUGAAAAUCUUAAUAUACUAUACCCAUUAGAAUUUUUGAACCAACUUGACUUACCUGGUUUGCCACACCACAAGCUGGCAUUAAAAGUCUAA